AUGGCGACCACAGAUAACGGUGACAAUUUGAUGACUGACGACCUUCAAAAUGUCACUGCCAUUAAAUUUCUACCAUUUUGGUCCUCCAAUCCUGAUUUGUGGUUUCGGCAAAUAGAGGCCCAGUUUACACUGUCAAAAAUUAAAAGCGAGAAAACAAAAUUCAAUUAUAUUCUCGCGAAUUUACCAACAGAUAUUAUUACAACCGUAGUUGAUUUAAUUCAAUCUCCUUCGGAUACAACUCCUUACUCUUCCCUUAAAAACGCUCUGAUAGAAAGAUUAUCAUUGAGCGAAGAAAAAAGGCUCGAUGAUAUUCUUUCUGGGACUCAAAUGGGAGAUCAGCGUCCGUCGGAGUUUUAUAGGGCUAUGUCAAGUACCGUCGGAGGUUCCCAAGUAGUAAGCAACGAAUUGCUUCUGAAACUUUGGAAAAGACGCUUACCUCAAGCGGUAUCAGUCGCGCUUCUCACGUCUGGAAAGGAGGAAGUAGCAGACCUUCUAUCUAUCGCCGACAAAGUCUGGGAGACGUUAAAUUCCUCCACACUUUCUUCCUCAUUUUCCGACUCUCAACACAACACUUUUCAUCACACCUACAAUUACACCCGUGACAACAACACUACACCACGAACGACACCGCGACAUGACGAGCUUUUGACGGCAAUUCAAAAUUUGACAGUAACUUGCCAAACAUUAUUAAAAUCAGUUGCCCAACAACAGCAACAACAGGACUGCGUAACGAAACGUUUAGAGAGCCAGAUAAAUUCUUUAUCUGCACAGUUUCAAAGCAAUACACCUUCAACUACGUCAAAUUAUUGUAAUUGCCACCAGCGUCAUACCUCUCGUGAGAGAUAUCGUUCUCAUAAAGUUCGAUCAAGAAGUAAUUCAAAGUCAACUAAUUUGAAUCACGUAUGUUGGUAUCAUCGUAAUUUUGGUAAAAAUGCAACCAAAUGCGAUGGUGCCACGUGCAGUUUUUAUUCCGUAUUUGCAGAUAGAACCACCACCAAUAAUUCAAAAAACCCGUAA